UGCACCCUAUGAAGAAAAGAAAAGAACAUGAACACAAACGUGGUAAUCUCAUUUCAGCUGCGAAGGAUGUUAGGAGGAGCAACAACAGGAGGCUUUUCAUUGAUUAAACUUCCUCUGUUCCGCUUUCGCUUCAAUCUCUCCCUUCCUCUUUCAACAAUCAUUCGUUUUCCGGAUUAUUCAACAGAGGCAUCUCCUGGCAUAAAGAUAGUGACAAAGGAAGAUCUGAAAGAAUUUCUUGCCGCAGUCAAAAAUACACCAGCAUCCAGUGCGAAUGUCUAUUCAUAUACCGAUAAAGUGCUAAAUAUUUUAAACGAUAAGAACAUUGUCGUUUCCCUUGAUGCCUAUAAUCUCAUAUUAGAGGAGGCAAGUCACGACAUUGACCUUACUUGUCAAGUUUUCAAGAAAUUAUUAUUGUCCUGUAAAUCCCCAAGUGCAACCUCGUGCCUUAAGUUUGCCAAGGCUUUCACAAAAGAAAAUGAUUGUGUGGAGCUAAUCAGAUUUCUUGAGGAAAUAUCAGAGAUAAUGUCUUCAAGCACAUCAUCAUCCUUCAUCAACAAGAUCAUUUUUGCCUUUGCCAAAUGUGGGCAGAAAGAUAAAUCCUUGGUGAUAUUUGAUCAUCUUAGAAGACAGAGGUAUGGUCCGGAUUUGGUCACAUACAAUAUUGUUCUAGAUAUCUUGGGUCACAUGGGCCGUGUGGAUGAAAUGCUUAAUGUGUUUUCAUCCAUAAAGGAUACUGGUCUCAUCCCGGAUACAGUUUCUUACAAUACUCUAAUGAAUGGCUUGCGGAAGGUUGGAAGAUUUGAUAUGUGCUUUGUGUAUUAUAAGGAAAUGACCGAUAACGGGAUUGAACCAGAUCUGCUUACAUAUACUGUACUAAUUGAGAUUUUUGGCCGGUCAGGAAGUGUUGAGGAGUCUUUGAAAUACUUCAAGGAGAUGAAAAAGAAGGGGAUUCUUCCUUCGGUAUUUAUCUAUAGAUCACUAAUCCAGAAUUUAAAUAAAACAGGGAAGGUUGAGUUGGCAAAAGAACUUUUAGAGGAGUUGAAUUCAUCGUCAACUCGUCUAGCUGGUCCCGAAGAUUUCAAGCGGAAAACUAGACAAAGAAACACUUUAAAAUUUUAAGUUUUCUAGUUUCACUCGUCUGAGGUAUGCAAGUUCGGUAAUGUCAUUCUGUGCAAUGUCUUAGGUUGAAACGUGGUGCCGAUCUUCACGUGUGUAUGACUUGUUAAUGUUAGAGACAUGCAAGGGAAGAAUAUAAUAUUGAUUAGUUCAAUUUGUUCAUUACUUAUUCCUGGCUAUAUAGGAAUGAUUAACUAAUUUGUUGAGUCAAUUUUUGAAUUUUAUAAUCAAAUAGAUACUGUUCAAUUAUGUAAUUUUUUACGUUAUGAGCGUCUUGUGGGGGACAAUGCAUAUAUUGGUAAUUUCAUCCUAAGUGGCUCACUGGAUUCAUAUCAAA